AUGUCGGUGAUUUUUGGCAUAAUAUACUUUAACUUUCUAUUUAAACAACAACCUCUUCCCUAUGAAUGCGCCAUAUCUGUACGACAAAAAUUCAUGAUGCCUUUGUUACCGCCGAUAAAUUUUCCAAAAUGGCUCGAGGAGAAUUCGGACAAGUUACAGCCACCAGUAAAUAAUUUUCUAUUACAAAGGGGAGACUUUAUUGUUAUGGUGGUGGGAGGGCCUAAUGCUCGUACUGAUUACCACGUUAAUCAAACCGAGGAAUGGUUUUAUCAACACAAAGGGGAUAUGAUCCUUAAGGUGGUCGAUAAUGGCGAAUUUAAAGACAUCUCCAUAAAGGAAGGAGAUAUGUUCCUGCUACCUGGAAAUACACCGCAUAACCCCGUUCGUUUUGCUAAUACUAUCGGAAUUGUGAUGGAAAGAAAUCGCAGACCCGAAGAAAUCGAUCGCCUUAGGUGGUAUUGCGAAAAUUGUAAAGAAAUAGUAUACGAAGAAUCAUUUUAUUGCUAUGAUCUAGGCACUCAACUAAAACCCAUCAUCCAAAAGUAUGCCGCAGAAGUCAAUCUAAGAACAUGUAAAUCUUGCGGUCACGUGAACAGUGCAAACGAAGAUCAUAAAAUUACCAUCACCACCAACUCUCCCGUUUUUCCAAAGAGAUACAUGAAAUAUCUUACCAAAAAGUUCAUGAAGAAACAACGUAUUCGCGAUUGGCUACGUGUUGUCGCUACCGACCAGAACUCGUAUCAAAUAAGAUACUUCAACAUUAGCAAUGAAGAGGGUGAAGAGGAAGAAGAGUAA